AUGAACGCUUCAGCGUCAGUCGGGGGCCCACUCGCCCCGCCGUCCACGGGCCCGGCCGCCGCGCUGCCUCCAGGUUCUGCCGCGCGGGCCCUGCAUGUGGAGCUGCCGUCUCAGCAGCGGCGUCUUAGACAUCUUCGGAACAUUGCUGCCCGGAACAUUGUUAAUAGGAAUGGCCAUCAGCUCCUUGAUACCUACUUCACACUUCACUUGUGUAACACUGAAAAGGUAUACAAAGAAUUUUAUAGGAGUGAAGUGAUUAAGAAUUCCUUGAAUCCAACAUGGCGCAGUCUUGAUUUUGGAAUAAUGCCAGACCGUCUGGAUACAUCUGUGUCUUGUUUUGUGGUGAAGAUAUGGGGUGGAAAGGAGGACAUCUACCAGCUGUUGAUUGAAUGGAAAGUCUGUUUGGAUGGGCUGAAAUACCUGGGUCAGCAGAUUCAUGCCCGCAACCAGAAUGAAAUAAUCUUUGGGCUGAAUGAUGGCUAUUAUGGUGCUCCAUUUGAACACAAGGGUUAUUCAAAUGUUCAGAAGAAUAUUCUUCUCCAGGUGGAUCAGAACUGUGUUCGCAAUUCUUAUGAUGUCUUCUCUUUGCUGCGGCUUCAUAGAGCCCAGUGUGCAAUUAAACAGACUCAGGUAACUGUUCAGAAAAUUGGAAAGGAAAUUGAAGAAAAACUAAGACUCACAUCUACAAGCAAUGGGCUGAAAAAAGAAAGUGAGUGCCUGCAAUUAAAAAUUUUGGUGCUUCGAAAUGAACUGGAAAGACAGAAGAAAGCUUUGGGACGGGAGGUAGUCUUUCUGCAUAAAGAGCAAAUUGCAUUACAGGACAAAGGAAGUGCAUUUUCAGCUGAGCACCUCAAGCUUCAACUCCAAAAGGAAUCCCUAAAUGAGUUGAGAAAGGAGUGCACUGCGAAAAGAGAACUCUUUCUGAAGACUAAUGCUCAGUUGACAAUUCGUUGCAGGCAGUUACUAUCUGAGCUUUCCUACAUUUACCCUAUUGAUUUGAAUGAGCAUAGAGAUUACUUUGUAUGUGGUGUCAAGUUGCCCAAUUCUGAGGACUUCCAAGCAAAAGAUGAUGGGAGCAUUGCUGUUGCCCUUGGUUAUACUGCACAUUUGGUAUCCAUGAUCUCCUUUUUCCUACAAGUGCCCCUCAGAUAUCCUGUAAUUCAUAAGGGAUCUAGAUCAACAAUCAAAGAUAAUAUUAAUGACAAGCUGACUGAAAAGGAGAGAGAGUUUCCAUUAUACCCAAAAGGAGGAGAGAAGUUGCAGUUUGAUUAUGGUGUCUAUCUUCUGAACAAAAAUAUAGCACAGCUAAGAUAUCAACAUGGACUAGGGACUCCAGACUUGCGGCAAACCCUUCCUAACCUGAAAAACUUCAUGGAGCAUGGACUAAUGGUCAGGUGUGACAGACAUCACACCUCCAGUGCAAUCCCUGUUCCAAAGAGACAAAGCUCCAUAUUUGGGGGUGCAGAUGUAGGCUUCUCUGGGGGGAUCCCUUCACCAGACAAAGGAUACCGGAAACGGGCCAGCUCAGAGAAUGAGAGACUCCAGUACAAGACCCCUCCCCCCAGUUACAACUCUGCACUAGUCCAGCCUGUGACCCCUGUGCCCUCCACGGGGGAAUCUGACAGAAAGACCGCGUCUCUGUCUUCCUCCUUGGACACCUCCUUGGACCUCUCCAAAGAAAACAAGAAAAAAGGGGUAGAUCUGGGCAACAGCUUAAAUGGAGGCCACGUGAGUGUGAACACUAGCCAGGAGCAGGGACAAGCCCUCUCGGGGCCUCCGGCCACAGUCAACGGCACCCUUCUGCCCAGCGAGCAGGCCAGCUCCUCCGGCGCCCCGCUCCCGGGGGGCUUCCACCCAGUCUCGGAAGCCGAGCUCUGCUGCACCGUGGAGCAAGCAGAAGAAAUCAUCGGAAUGGAAGCCACAGGCUUCACCUCAGGCGAUCAGCUGGAAGCAUUUAACUGCAUCCCCGUGGACAGUGCCGUGGCAGUGGAGUGUGAUGAACAAGUUCUGGGAGAAUUUGAAGAGUUCUCCCGAAGGAUCUAUGCACUGAACGAAAACGUAUCCAGUUUCCGCAGGCCACGCAGGAGUUCUGAUAAGUGA